CACGGGCACAUUUUACUGAACACUCCCAAUGUCAUCUAUUGCUAGCUGUUAGCUUGGCUUACGCUGUUCUUGUACAGUGUUUCAGCAAGCUUUUUGAUUUUUUUCACCAACGCUUAUCAUAUGAUAAGUUUUGCUUCCAAAAGAGCUGUCUAGCUGAGUUUGACUUUGAGCAUUAAUUUGAGUAGCGGCAUCGUUUACGUCUGUGUACCGAUAGUUAGCCAGGUGCUAACUACUCAUCACAACUUGCAUGCGUCUGUUUCUUCUGUCAUCGAAAGGCAACUGGAUUUAAGGAUAGACAUCAUGGAGCUUCAGGCGGUGUUGAUGGCAGCUGGGGGAGGUUCUCGUAUGACUGACCUAACAUACAACACACCUAAACCUAUGCUGCCUGUUGGCAACAAACCACUUAUGUGGUAUCCCUUGAACCUGCUGGAGAGAGUCGGCUUUGAAGAGGUUAUAGUGAUAACCACUAAAGAGGUCCAGAAGAUGAUGAGCACGGACCCAAAAAUGAAGCAGGAGGUAAAGAUGAAGUUGGACGUGGUUUGCAUCCAGGAGGACGGAGACAUGGGUACUGCUGAUGCCCUCAGAUACAUUCAGCAGAAAAUCAAGACCGACGUACUGGUGGUGAGCUGUGACCUAAUAUCGGACGUGGCCCUUCAUGAGGUUGUCGAUCUAUUCCGAGCCCAUAACGCAACACUGGCCAUGUUGAUGAGCAAAGCCCAUGAAUUCACUGAGACCGUCCCGGGCCAGAAGGGCAAGAAAAAGACCGCUGAGCAGAGGGACUUUGUUGGUGUGGAUCAGUCGGGGAAGAGACUCCUGUUUAUGGCCAAUGAAGCCGAUCUGGAAGACGGGCUCUCAGUUAGGAAAUCUAUUCUAAGGAAACAUCCCAGGAUGCACAUCAAAACUGGUCUAGUGGACGCCCACCUUUACUGUCUGAAAAAAGCAGUCGUUGACUUCCUUACAGAAAACAAGUCUAUUUCAUCAAUCCGUGGUGAACUGGUGCCACUUUUGGUACGCAAGCAGUUUUCUAAAACUCUCAGCAAACAGAAGAUGAAGGAUGACUCUGAGGAUCAGACCCAAAAAAAGAAUGAUGGCUCUACAGACCAUGAGCUCCUCAUCUCUUCACGGGACGAGUCUCUUCUCCAGCUAGCCCAGGAGCGUUCCUGUUGGAACGACCACCACGGUGACAUGAGUGAGGCUUAUCAUGGGGGGAAGCUGCGCUGCUAUGUCCACAUUAUGGACCAGGGCCUGUGCUACCGUGUUAACACCCUCGCUGCUUACAUCGAGGCAAAUCGACUGGCCCCGAAACUGUUUGAGGAGCCAGCAGUUCACCCAUCAGCUUACAUUUCUGAAAAAUGCCAGAUGGGAUCAGACAGUAUCAUCGGAGCUCAGUGCCAGAUCGCAGAUAAGACUUCCAUAAAAAGAUCCACUAUCGGAAACUCCACCACCGUGAAAGAGAAGGUCAAAGUCACCAACUCUAUCAUCAUGCACGGGGUUACCGUCGAGGAGGGGUGUAGCAUCCAGGGCAGUGUGAUCUGCAGCAAUGCAGUCAUUGGCAGAGGAGCAGACCUCAAAUACUGUUUGGUGGGAAGUGGACAACGAAUUGAACCAGAAGCUGAGCGGACAAACGAGGUCAUUGUUGGAACGGACCAGCUGAUGGAGAUCUAGGAUGGGGGGGUGACAUUACCUCACCUCACUGACCUGAGAGCAGCAAAAACGAUAACAACUCAUUUCUCCGCUGACUUUUUUUUUUCAGUGAAAAUAAAAAGAAAUGUACUUGAACUCAAAA